AUGAGCCUUUUGCAAAGAGGCCAUUUGAUAGCCAUGGGGCGAAUGGGAUGCCGUCGCAUGUCCACAGACUCUGAUCGUGUGACACCAUCCUGGGUGAAACCCCUUUUUUGGGCUGGCAUCGCCACUUCACAGGUGAGCACUUUUUUCAUCUUCCGGGACUUGGCAGACCUGUCCCAGAUGAUCGUGGAGCCACCCCGCUCCAGUACCAUUGCGACGUGGAGAUAUAGGAACCUCUACUCUGCCGCCACGUUGUGCCCUCUUGGCUUGGGGGGUCUUCUGAAAUUGGCAUAUCCUGCAGUUUGUUCAUGGCCUCUCUUCUCAGCAAUGUCAGUCUGGACAGGAGUUCUGUUUUUCUCUGGGGUCAUCAACCCACACAUCAUGAUGAGGGCCAGGAAUCAGAAGGAUCAUGCAGUCUAUGUGUCGCAGGAGGAUGCCAUCAAAUUACUCCCUGAUGGUGCGGACGAACCUUGCAUCAUUUUGGAAGUGGAUGGGAAAGCAGCAGCAUACCCAGAUUCGCAGGCUUUGCGUCCGCAUGUGGUGAAUGCGGACGAAGUCUCGGAAGAUGUGGUUCUGACCUACUGUGGCUUAUCCAACCUCGGCAUCGCUUACACUCCCAAGCUUGGUGGUAAAUCAUUGGACCUGCAUCCCAUGACACAAAUGGAAAACAACUUGGUGAUGUAUGAUAAGAACAGCAUGGAGCCCGUGCAGCAGUUCUGGGGCACCACGGAAAGUCGCAUGGAGUGUCAGUGCGGACUUGGGAAUGUGGAGAGAAUGAAGGAGUGGCCGACCUAUCGAUUAACCUUCCAGAACUUUUGCAAGGCUUGGCCAGGAUCUAAAGUCUUUGUGAAUGACUACUCCACCCAAGGUCUCAAGCCCAGCUUCUUGGGCAAUCCGAUUCAGUUUAUCUACGACGGCAUGAUGGACCUGAUCUUCAAGAGUUCGAUUGUGUACCAGAAGACCAAUGAAAAGCCGGUCUUCCCCACCUUGAAGACAAAGGACAAUAGACUUCCAAACAAGGAGAAUGUGUAUGCGGUACCUUUGGAGGGUGAUGAUGUUGCAUACACCAAAGCAUUCGUUCAGGAGAAGAAGAUCAUCAACACCACCAUUGGAGGAAGGAAAGUGGUGGUGGCAUACUUCCCAGAGUUUGAUGCGAUUGGCGCGUUUCACAACACCACGGGCCAACAGGUGAACCACUUGGACUUCUACGGCCGUUUGAAGGAUGGACGGAAGCUGCCUCGUGUGGAAACAUUUAAAGCUGGAUGCUUUUGGUGUGUUUGGAUCAAUUGGUUUCCACAAACAGAUUUGAACCGGAUAUAG